UAGACAGCGCUAUAAAACCAUCAAAUUGUACAAACCGACAGAUUAGUACUGCGGUUACUUUUCGGCUGUGCGAUACAUCGGCCGUUCAGUGUUAAUUGGAUCGUUUAGUCUUAAGUUAGUGUUACGUUCCUGUUAGAAGAUAGCUGUGUAGAAUUAAAAGAAUGAAGGGUACCGUUGUGUACCUGCUGGCAGCCAGCGUAUGUUGUGCCCUGGCAGGCCCUAUAGAUCUGCUGAAAACGUCGGACUCCGUCGAAGAAAUUUCGCCCCGAGCCGAACUGGCCGAGUACCGUCUUAACGAUGAUGUGAUGCCGUCCCACUAUGACCUUACACUGACGCCUUACUUCGAAGAUGAAGACACACACCAAGCAUUCACCUUCGAUGGGAUUUCAGCGAUGACGUUCCGCGUGACCAAACCCGGUGUAACCAGUAUUGUGCUGCACAUGUGGAAGAUCAAUAUUACAUCGUGGUUCUUGAAGCUAUCUUCUGAUAGCUCGGAUGUGCCUCAUGGAGUCGAGUCGUACGAUGAGGAGACUCAUAAACUCACCAUUCCGGUUAAUCAGGCUCUCGCAGAAAACACCGACUACCUGUUGAUAUUCAACUACGUGGGUCUUUUGGAUGAUGACAUGCAUGGCUUCUACCGAAGCUACUACAAAGUCGACGGAAAGAAGGUUUGGAUGGCAUCUACCCAGUUCCAGCAGACACAUGCUCGCCGUGCUUUUCCGUGUUUCGAUGAGCCACGUUUCCGAUCAACGUUCCAAGUGCGAAUCAACCGUCCAUCCAACUACAAGACCUUUUCCAAUACCCCCAUUAUUCGCCAGACUCCGUUGAGCACCGGACGGUACCAGGACGAGUUCGCCAAGACUCCUGCUAUGGCUAGCUACUUGUUGGCGUUCAUCGUUGCUGAUUACGAAGUCAAUGAAAAAGACGGUAUGGGCAUUUUGGCUCGCCGGGAAGCCAUGAACCAAACGGACUACAGUCUCCAAUCCGGAAUCGAUCUCCUAAAAGCGAUUGAAACGUGGAUCGAUUAUCCGUAUUCUUCUGUCCCAGAAAUGACCCGCAUGUACAUGUCGGCCGUCCCAGACUUUUCGGCCGGAGCCAUGGAGAACUGGGGACUGUUGACCUACCGUGAGUCAAACAUUCUGUACCAUAGCAGUGACUCGACAAGUUUGCAACAACAGCGUAUCGCUGCUGUUAUUUCCCAUGAAAUUGCUCACCAGUGGUUUGGAGAUUUAGUUACCUGCGAAUGGUGGGACGUUACAUGGCUGAAUGAGGGAUUUGCUCGUUACUUCCAGUUCUUUGGCACUGCUUUGGUAGAGACAAAAUGGGAUUUGGCUCUUCAGUUUGUCGUAGAACAACUGCAAGGAGUCAUGCAAAUGGACAGCUUGGAAAGCACUCACCCCAUGACCCACAAUGUGUACACGCCUGCACAAGUUAGUGGCAUUUUCGACAGUAUUUCUUACAAUAAGGGUGCCGUAACCCUGCGAAUGGUCGAACACCUAAUCUCUACAGAAAAAUUCAAAAACGCACUCCGCCAAUACAUCAAGGAGCGGGCAUUCAAGUCAACUCGCCCGGAAAACCUAUUCGAGGCACUCAACGAACACGGCGAUCCUACCGUUAGAGAUUUCAUGGAGCCAUGGACAGUUCAACCGGGUUACCCAUUGGUAACCGUCAUUGGAAGUGACGACGGCUACUCCAUAACCCAGCAACGCUUCCUGGUCAACAAUAUGAACCACGAUGACAAAUCCACGUGGCCACUGCCGAUCACCUACGCCACAAAGGAAGCCGACUUUGAAAACACCAAACCAACGAUUGUCAAUACCACAACCUACAAGAUCACGGUUACCAAACCGGAGGAGCUGUCUUACUUCAUUCUGAACAACCAACAAGUCGGUUACUACAGAGUCAAUUACGAUGCAGACAACUGGGCUAAAAUCAGCAAGGCACUGCACUCGGAAAACUUCGGUGGAAUCCAUGUGUUGAACAGGGCUCAGAUUGUCGACGACUUGUUCAACCUGGCCAGGGCGGACGUUGUCAAGUACGAUACCGCUUUGGAGAUUUUGGAUUAUUUGCAAGCCGAAACCGAAUACCCACCGUGGUUGGCAGCAGUAAAUGGUCUUACCACACUCUCCCGCAGGAUCCACCACGAAGAUGACGAGAAGUUUGCGAAAUACAUUGUCCAGCUGUUCAGCAAAGCAUACGCACUAGUCAAGUUCAACGCACCAACCGCUGAGGAAAGCAGACUAUUUACCUACCUCCGCAUCAACGUUCUCCAGUGGUCUUGCAACUACGGAAACGCUGAAUGCAAGAAGGCUGCUCUCGAAGAAUUCGUUCGUUUUUACGAAAAACCGACUGAAAAGGUCCACCCGGAUCUUCGUCAAGUGGUGUACUGCGAAGGAAUCCGUCAGGGUACAGAUGAACACUUUGACUUCUUGUGGGAUCAGUAUUUGAGCGCCAAUAUGGCUACCGAGCAAAUUCUCAUUCUACAAGGUCUUGGAUGUGCCCAGGACAGGGAACAGAUUUUCAAAGUAAUGGACGCUAUAACUUCGGACGACAUCCGGCCACAGGAUAAGAGCACUGCCUUCUCGUAUCUUCUCUUGAACCCCUACACCUUGGACUAUCUGUCCGAGUACUUGCGUACUUACUACGUUCGAUGGGCCAACGCUCAUGGAUCCUACUCGAACGUGGCUUCCGCCUUCAAUAAUCUCCUGGCUCGCAUGAAAACCGACGAGCAGAUGUGGAGGAUACGAUCGUUUGCUGCCCGUAACGAGCAAGUUUUCGGCGAAACCGCCUACAAGUCCAUCGAGUCCGGCGUGGAGGACUACUUCGUCAACAAGAACUUCACCGAAAAGCAUCGGGCCGUGAUUGGUGAAUUCCUGGAUAAGGCUCUUUCGAAGAGCGGUGCCGAAAAGGUUACCGUUGGAAUUCUCACGCUGGUUGCCGUUGUGGUUGCCCUGCUGCGGUAGAAACUGCAGCAAGGGCGAAAUUCUUUACAUUCGUGUAUGGAGGGGUUAAAGAAAGUGUCAUAUGUAUAGUUGUAAAUAUACAAUUUAAGAUAAAGAAUGACAGGAAUGAGAACAGUGAUAUUGAAAAAAAGUUAAUAAAAAGUAUUUACUUCUUUCAAUUAAGUCUAAA